UCAACGCAUGAUUCGGAGGAUGACGCCAAGACUUGCAGGUUAGCUGGGUCUGUUCAUCUUAUCGCCCCCAACCAAUCAAAUCAAGAUUCAAUACCUUGGCUUUCACUGAACGGCUGAUUUUUCCACGCUUUCUCUCUCUGUCCUCACUCGCUUUUCUCCCUUCGUUCUCCCCGUCAAACCCGUCUCCCGACCCCCUCAUAAACGAAGACGAGCAAGCAAGCAAAACACCCGACAAAUUUUCUUGAGAACCCCAGAGAAAGCUUCGACCCCGGGACGACAAAUUUGACGAGCGAAGUCCAAGAAAGGGCCGGCCAAUCAUGUGCUGCUGCUGCGACGACGAGGGCUGCGAAUGCCGGCCGCUCGGGUUCCUCCUGGGCCUUCCCUUCGCGUUCCUCGCGCUCCUCCUGUCCAUCGUCGGCGUCGUGAUCUGGAUCAUCGGACUGCCCUUGUCUUGCAUAUGCCCGUGUUGCUUCUGCAUCACGGUGGUGGUUGAGUUCGCUCUGGGGUUGAUCAAGGCUCCUAUUCUGAUCAUGAAGUGGUUCACCUCCAAGAUCCCUUGUUGAUAUAUCUGAUCUUUAACGUUGUUGUUUGUCGCCAUACAUUCGAGUUCUCUGCUUGAGAAGACUCAGACUUGAUUGAUUUAUUUGUGCAAAUUUUCGGUAUAUACAUCUUUUGAUUGCUACAUCUUUCUUUUUCCUCCCGUUUGUAGAACAUUUUCGGUACGAUGGUCUCAUCGGUUGCUGUAAUCCUUUAGAGGGUUCGUGUUUUCUCAAUCGUAUGUUAGGAGGAAAUUCUAUUCAA